CGGUGCCUUUGCUGGAACCGUCGCGCCUUACCGGGUCCACGUGGAGAGAGCGCGGCCGGGGACAGGCUGGGCUGCGUGUCCCUCGGGCGACGCCGUCGCUCCGCCCCGCCCCCUCCCGGAAGUGCGCUGUUAGAAGCGGAAGUGCGCACCGACUGCGACCCCCGGCGGCUCAGCGAUGGUGGGCGGCGGCGGCGCGGGGGGCGGCCUCUUGGAGAACGCGAACCCCCUCAUCUACGAGCGCUCCGGGGAGCGGCCGGUGACCGCGGGCGAGGAGGACGAGCAGGUCCCGGACAGCAUCGACGCGCGCGAGAUCUUCGAUCUGAUUCGCUCCAUCAAUGACCCGGAGCAUCCGCUGACACUAGAGGAACUGAACGUAGUGGAGCAAGUGCGGGUUCAGGUGAGCGACCCCGAGAGCACAGUGGCGGUGGCCUUCACCCCCACCAUUCCUCACUGCAGCAUGGCUACCCUCAUUGGCCUGUCCAUCAAAGUCAAGCUCCUGCGAUCUCUCCCCCAGCGUUUCAAAAUGGACGUGCACAUUACGCCAGGGACCCAUGCCUCAGAGCAUGCAGUGAAUAAGCAACUUGCAGAUAAGGAGCGGGUGGCAGCUGCCCUGGAGAACACCCACCUGCUGGAGGUUGUGAACCAGUGCCUGUCGGCCCGCUCCUGAGCCUGGCUUUUCGCCUCCAGCCUCACCCAGGGCUCAUGACCUUGUCUUCUUGAAUCACUGACAAUAAGAAACCCACACUUUGCAUUUUGUAAUAAACGCUUAAUUUAUAUUCA